AUGAACGACGUGAACGAAGCGAACCCAACAAAUACACCCGCAGAGCGAGCUCAACACGUGGAUCGAGUGGCUAUCAAACCACCACCGUUCUGGAAGGCCGAUCCGAAACUGUGGUUUGUUCAACUGGAAGCACAAUUUGCUCUAUCAAGUAUUACAACAGACCUAACAAAAUACAACCAUGUGCUUAGUGUUGUGGACACGAGCAUUUUAAGUCAAAUAUCAGAACUACUCCUAAACCCACCUGCGGACAAUAAGUACAACGCUAUCAAAGACAGAUUAAUCUCAAUAUAUUCAGAUUCUCAGGAGAAGAAAUUAAAAACUCUCUUGUCAGACAUGAAUCUCGGUGACAAAAAACCUUCGCAGCUAUUAAAUGAGAUGACACGUUUAGGAGGUUCAUCAGUUUCAUGUGAAUUACUGAAAACCCUGUUAAUGCAACAUUUACCUGCACAGAUGCAAUCAGUAUUAGCCACCAGUAAUGACAAUCUAGACAAUUUGGCGAAAAUGGCAGACAAAAUCGCAGAGAUUGAACAACCCCGCAACUUUACAAAGAAAUUCAAGAAUUGA